GCGCUGGGCGGGCUCUAGGCCUGCUGUAGGCCUCAGUGGAGCUGGAGGCCGGAGUACCGGCGCUGCCGCCUCGCAAGGACCCGGGGCCGCCGCCACCGCCGCGAGUGGACAGACAGACAACUGUGUGUGUGUGUGUGUGCGCACCGACAAGUUACAAAAAUGGAAACAAGCAAAUGGCGUGACAGGAGGCAAUCUGCACAGCACAAUCGGCGACAACAUAACCGAUGGCAACACCGAGAGCAUUAUAGUCACAGGAAUCAGCAUUAUGACGCUGGUGAAUCGAAUGAACAGAAUAGUUCCAGAAUGUCAGCAGGGGAACCGACUAGCAGUACUUCAGUGCCAUCUGAUGUUCCCGAGCUACCUGGGUUCUACUAUGAUCGAGAAAAGGACAGAUAUUUCAGGCUAUUACCUGGACAUAACAAUUGUAAUCCUCUUACCUGGGAGGCAAUUAAUAAACGGGAAAUGGAAGAAAAGCGAUUGAAGAUGUUGGAGGAGGAUGCUAUUAAUACGAGGGUCGCUCGAAUGGGUAUGAACUUCAUUUCACUUGCACGGAAAAGGCACUGCGGACUAAUGAACUUCCGAUCAUAUCACCAGCUUGUUCAUGAACUCAAGAUCAGUAGGAUGAGAAGGAAUAAGCUCACAAUUGAAAGUUCAGAUUCUUCCAUCACGAGUAAUUUCAGAAUGAUUUUGGCAGAUACCAAUUGUGAGCGGAUAUUUGUUGUGAAAAAUGAUGUUAUCGGCUACAAAUAUGGAAUUGUGAAUCUGAAUGGAUGUACGAAAGGAUCCGGCCUAAUCUCUGUGUCAUUGUGUGACAAUUUGUACUUUACAUUUCGCAAGGGAACGUCAAUUUGUUGGGCAUCUUUAUCUGAAGAAGAUUCGCAUAUCUUGCUUUGUAUUACAGGUCAUGCAGAGACCCCAGGAAGUAUCAACCUGCUUCCGACUUCAAUAUUUAGUAAUUCAAGCACGGAGGAACCUCCACAAAUGCUGUGCAACUUUAAAAGUUCAACGGUUUGGACUUGUGCCUGGUGUUACAACCCACAGGCUGACAAGUGCUUCAGUACAGGUUUGCAGCACCGUGUUGUCGUGACUGAUGCUGUGACAGGGAAGAAGCAGAUUUUCAGCACAAGCCGUGAUGUUCUUGCUCAGCAGUUUGCUCGCCGGGUGCCAGUGUUAUACAAUGGUUGUCGGUCUGGGGAGAUUUUCAGCAUCGACAUCAGGCAACGAACAAAGAAAUGGCAGAGCUGGAAAUGUUCUCAUUUCUUCCAUCAGUCUGCUGUGACCUCCAUCCGACUUCUGCAAGAUGAAAAUUAUCUUUUGGCUGCAGACAUGAUUGGGAAGAUUAAGCUUUGGGAUUUGAGGAUGGCAAGAUGCGUCAAGCAGUAUGAUGGCCAUCACAACAAGCAUGCUUCGCUCCCCAUCCACGUUAACGAAGAAGUGGGCAUUCUUUUAGCGGUUGGACAGGAUCACUACACCCGAAUCUGGAGUCUGAAAGACGGUUGUCUCCUCCGAACGAUCCCAUCUCCUGACUCUGGAUGCGACGCGAUUCCCAGCAUUGCAUUCUCUGCACGACUAGGAGGGAGCAGAGGUGUACCUGGACUGUUAAUGGCUGUCAAACAGGACCUCUAUCACUACACAUACAAGACCGACCUCUGACCAGCUUAGACCAUGAAAAGCUUCAAGAUCAUGGUGCACCUGCUUCAAGGGGGUUUCUUGAUAGUGAUGCAGCAGUGUGAUGUUUGAAGAAAACACUUUAUAAAUUUCUGUUUUCAUUCAUCUUCCCCUGGACAAAGAGUGGUUUUAUUUUUCAAAUCUGGGGGGGGGGGGGGGAUCUGGAAAAUCUCUCAGUCUAGCAUCACCGAAGUCCUGGGUAUGCCAGAUUAUAAGAGUUUUAUUGUAAUUAGAUGGUUGUUAUUGCUCGGGAAAUUUCACACAAAAAUUGGAAAGUUAUGUUAUAUCAGACAUUGGUGAAGUCACAUCAAGAACAUUGUGCGAUUCAAAAGACAUAGAAGUAGAUUUAAGUAAUUGAGUCUACUUAGCCAUUCGAUCAUGGCUGAUCUAUUUUUUCCUGUCAUCCCCAUUCUCCCUGUAACCUUUGAGGUCUUUACUAAGCAAGAGCCUAUCAAUCUCUGCUAAUGACGACCUCCACAGCCGUCUGUGGUAAUUAAUUCCACAGAUUCACCACCCUCUGGCUAAAGAAAUUUAUAGCUGAAGCCUAACUGGGAUGAUAGUCAAAAGCAACUUUUCUAUAUCAAACCUCUGAUGGACUCGUGUUUCUUCAACAGCCUUCCUUCACUUUGUCCUGCCAACUCGCAAAUUCUUAUUCUGAUAACCCUUUAUUCUGCUUUUUCCAAUUUUCUACAAAUCAUAGUACUCACCAAAACUGUCUCUGCCUACUGUUGCCUCCUUUGUCUAUUGUCAUCCUGUAAUUACUCAUUUUAAAUCUUACAAUAAUAUCUUAACAUAUAACGACACGGUUUGUAGCUGUGUAUAAUUUGUAUAUCCGCAGGUUAGCUGGAAAGAUUUGAUGGAGGAGAGUAGUAAUGGAGUGGAUCCAAAGACUUGGCUUGAGGGUAGAGGACCCACAAUCUGAUGGAACAGUCACACUUGAUGAGUGUGUAUACAUUUAUCAGAGUUUUAAUACAUCUAUCAUCGAAGUUUAUCUUUAUCAUGCUAAUGUUCAAUUAAAAUUGAAGACUUCA